CGUUCUUGUUUGCUGCUCUGUGUCUCAUAGUGGAAACCGGAAGAUCAAAUUAAUGGGAUCUCUCCUGGAGCUUGUGGAAGCUAUCAAACACAGCAAAGUCGUGCAGGAAGUCAGACUGCCCAGUAACAACACCUAUCAGGCUCUACAGACUCUCACCUAUGACUCGCCUGCAGCUACAAACGCUUACUCAACUUUUUCGAGCACUUUGUCUCUGAAAGUAGCAAAUGAAACCUUGCCCUGUUCCACAACAAUAACCUACUACCCAGACCCUGAGUUUACAAGCUUCUCUUCUACACUGACAGGGAACAAUGUCCGCAUCACCAUACAGAAAAAGGCAGACAAACUAGGGAUGAACAUAACAGAGUUGUCUGUGUGGGGCAUUCAUGAAGAAAACCGACACCCCUGCAUCAUGGUGGACCAAGAAACCAAUGAUGAGACUGAGAUUGAAUUUUUCACCUGUGAGAUCCGAAACACUCGCAUUGCUACAUUUCAGGAGUUAGAGAUAGAGUUUGGACACACAAUGGUGAACCUUAAAUUGGUAACAACGUUGUACAUUGUGAUGCUGCUACGCCUUGUGCUGAUACCUGUCGUUCUAAUUGCUUUAAUAGUGAUCAUCUGCUGGAGCGAACAGAAGAAGUUCACCUCGAAGAAUAAGACGGUUGUGGAGGACCUUGAGCUGAGACAAGUUGUCCUUCCAAAUCCAUCAUCAUCUGAUCACUAGCACCUGUGGGCUGGAAAAAAAGGAUCGUACCAAGUUCCUUCUACUCUCUCCUACACUGGAGCAAAGAUCAUCUGCAUGGUGUCAGACACCACUCUACAUAAUCUUUGUGCAUUUACAACUUUUUGUUUCAAUUAUUAACGUUUAACUUUUUUGCUGGUUGAGUCUUAAGCAGUUAUAUAAUAGCCUUUUAAGACUCUAUUCUGCAACAGAACUGUAACUAAGACCUGCCGUCAUUACCACUUUUUUAUAUUUUUAGAAUUUAGGGGGGCCUAUGCCUUCAUUUAGACAGUUGAUAAAGUAGGAAAUUGGGAGAGAGAGGGAGAGUGGGGAAUGAAAAUGACAAAGCGUUGAGGGUCAGGAUUGAAGCUUGAAAAGGGGUUAAGAAGUUGCAUGCUCAUGAAUCUUAUCCAUUUCAUUUCAGGCAGUCCUUCAUCAUAUGUUUAUCAGGCAAUUUUAUAGCAAAGAAGAGGGAUAGGAUUUAUCAGAAAGAUUUACAAUCAUUCAAUUUUUAUCAUUCAACCAUUUUCUUAUAGAGCUAUGAAGUUUAUAUACAAACUUAAAAUCGCAAAAUGCUAACAAAGAUUAUCUCAGGAGACUUUUCAAAAAGAGCAGGUAACUUAACUUACAGACAGGGACAUCUUGCAAGCCAAACAUCUUUAAGUUAGAGUGGGGUCAAGGGUUCCUUUCUUGAAAAAAGAUGGGAAGAAUGAUGCCAUUUUCUACAUUUUGAAACUUUUAUAAUCAAAGACAAAAUUUGUAUUGUUUCCCGAUGAGUCUGUGGAAACCUCAUUAAUAUCAUGGAAAAUUCCUCACAUGCUAAUUGCUAAUUUCUUUGUAAUGUUCUUUUUCUUCAAUAGAUCUCUUUAAUACUUUAAUAUUAUGUAUCAUUACGGAAUAUUAUUGAAUUGAAUAAAGAAUUGGUUUUUUUUAAUGCCAA